AUGCUGGCGCACAGCUGGACUGAAGACUCUGGCAUCGACCCCACUGGCUACUGGAUGGCUGAAAAACUGGACGGUGUGCGUGCAUACUUUGAUGGCACAAACUUCUACUCUCGUGCAGGCAACAAGUUCUACGCACCCCCCUUCUUCAGCAAACACCUCCCAAAAAACCAACCCCUCGACGGCGAACUCUGGCUUGGUCGCGGUCGCUUCCAACAAUGCAUCUCCAUCGUCAAGAACCAAAAGGCUGACCGUGCUGAUGAAUGGAAGGAAAUGACCUACCUUGUCUUUGAUGCACCCAAACUCGACUUGACCUAUGAGAAGCGUCUUGAGUACCUCAAGUCUAUCAUGCCCACUUUUGGAAAAGACGCUAUUCAAUCUUCAGAUCCCAGUGCUGCCUCCAAUAUCGUCCCACCUUAUGCUCGCAUUGUCCCCGUCCAAAAGUGUCUCUCCAAGACUCAUCUCCUUCGUGAACUCGACCACGUCCAGACUCAUGGUGGCGAGGGUAUCAUGUUGAGAGCCCCAAGGUCAAGAUACGAGUUCAAGAGGUCCAGAACACUGCUCAAGGUCAAGACAUUCUUUGACGAAGAAGCAAUCGUCGUUGGCGUUGCCAAGGGCUCUGGUAAACACUCUCAUCGCAUGGGCCACCUCGAGGUCAAGACCCCCGACGGUCGUCUCUUCUCGGUCGGGUCUGGGUUCACAGACGCCCAGAGAGACAAACCCCCCAAGGUCGGCACAAUCAUCACCUACAAGUUCCAGGAACUGAGCAACAAACUCAACCCUCGCUUCCCUACCUUCAUUGGCGAGCGUAUUGAUGUCAAGUGGGCCGACUACUGCAAGACCUACACCCCUCCUACCCUCAAGGCUGCCACCCCUGCCAAGGUCGUCUCAUUGCUCAAGCAAAAGAGUUUGAUUUUCCAGGGCGGAGACAGUGAUGACAGUGACAAGGACAAGACGAAUGGAAAUGACAACGUAAACGGAGAUGUCGACACUGACGAGGACGAUCCAGCAGACACCCGCCCCUCAUCUCCCAGCUCAAAAUCACCAUCAUCGUCAUCAUCCAGUUCUACUCCAUCUGUCGCCACCACAACCUCGACUCUGAACCGUAAACGGAAGCUCCAGCAAGCGACAAACAAGAACGAUGGUAGCGAUGACGAUACCAACACCACCUCAAAACAGCAACCCUGCAAGUACGGCGCCGCUUGCUACCGUCGGAACCCGGAUCAUCUCAAACAGUAUAGCCACCCUAACAAGCGCACCAAGAACUAA